AUGGAAGAUCCUAAGAAGGCGCAUAUAUCAGCCCUAUUAGAACAGAUUCCUGCUGAUACGUAUAAGAAGGAAGGGAAAAUGAAAGAUAUUGAGUGUCCAAUUUGUAUGGUAGAUUUUAUUGAUGGCGAUCCAAUUCGUUACUUGCCUUGUAUGCACUGUUAUCAUAAGAAUUGCGUGGAUGACUGGUUGAUGCGCUCUUUUAGCUGUCCAUCGUGUAUGGAGCCUGUUGACUCGGCCAUGCUUUCAUCAUUUGCUGCACAUACACUUCAAGGUUUAGAGGCAUUAGCUUGUUGUCCUGCUACAUCUGGUAUACAUCACAGUUUGCCGCCUUUAUAA